CUCGGCCGAAAGUGCCACACAAUGAGCGGGGCAGGUCCGGAACAAACCCGCCGGUGAACGGACAGAGUGCCGCCGGGACCCGGAGCACCAUGGAGGACCAGUGCACGGUGCAGGUGAAGUUGGAGCUGGGCCACCGCGCUCAGCUGCGGAAAAAGGUCACGUCCGAGGGCUUCACUCACGACUGGAUGGUGUUCGUGCGAGGGCCGGAGAACAGCGACAUCCAGCACUUUGUGGAUAAAGUCAUCUUCCGCCUGCACGACAGCUUUCCCAAGCCCAAAAGAGUGUGUAAGGAGCCGCCGUACAAGGUGGAAGAAUCGGGCUAUGCUGGAUUUCUAAUGCCCAUAGAGGUCUACUUUAAAAACAAGGAGGAACCGAAGAAGGUACUCUUUAACUACGACCUUUUCCUGAAUCUGGAGGGAAACCCACCUGUCAAUCACCUGCGCUGCGAAAAACUCACCUUCAACAACCCCACCAGAGACUUCCGUCGCAAACUGGUCAAAGCUGGCGGGAUCAUUGUGGUGCCGGAGGGAGCGGAGGCCGUGUCCAGGCCGAGUCCAGAUUACCCCAUGCUACCCACCAUCCCACUAUCAGCCUUCUCUGACCCCAAGAAGAGUAAAGGCUCCCAAGCCCCCAAGGAGCUCACUAAAGAUAACAGCGGAAGCUCUAAAGCCCCAAAACCUCACAAACUCGCCAAGGAGCAUCGGGAACGGCCCCGAAAAGACUCAGAGAGCAAAGCCACGUCCAAAGGAGAAGGAGACAGAGACGGCAGCAGCAAAAGCAGCCGAGAAACUUCGUCAUUCCCUUCGUCGUCAUCGUCAUCCUCGUCAAAGAAGCCAGAGAUCAAAGUUAAAGAGGAGAGCAAAGCCCCGCCGAAAGCUGCCUUCAAAGAGCCGAAGCUGACGCUGAAGGAGUCCAAAAUGGAGGGGAUGUCUCCUAAAGGGGGCGGUCCAGGAGCAGGAGGGGGAGGCGUGGCUUCGGCCGACGGAAAAUCGGCCAGCAAGCGGCCCUCCAACGCAGACUCGCCCAAACCUAGUGUCAAGAAGCCCAAAAAAGGCGUGACUGAAGGGCAGAAGAGUUCCAGCAGCGGGGGCUUCCCCAGCACCUCCCCACGCGUCUCGUCCUCCUCCGCACCAUCAGGGUACCCAGACAAAAAGGGCUCCAAGGACAAAGGCCGCUGGGUAAAGAGCAAGGUGGACACCCAGGAGGUCAAAGAGCCGAAGAAACCGCCAGAAUCUGACGAGUCCAACUCUGACGACGAGGUUUCGUCCAAAUCCGAGCAAUCAGCCCCUUCCAGUCCCUCAAACUCCAGCUCCAGUUCAGAGUCCAGUUCCGACUCUGACUUUGAGCCGCAGCAGAAAGCAGGCCAAGGGCCGCUGCGCUCCAUGGUGGAGGACCUGCAGUCAGAGGAGUCAGAUGAAGAUGACAGCAGCUCAGACGAGGGGACGCCUGUCAAAAACAACCCACCCAACCGUGACUCCAGACUGAGCUUAGACAGCGAGAGUGACAGCAGUGACGGUCAGCACCGGCCCAGCCGGGACCCCCCACCCCCACCCCAGAAACACACCUCCUCCAAUAACAAGGUGACGGGUAGGAAAAGCCCAGACCCGUGCCUGAGACAGGAGAAGGCCCUGAAGAAGGUUUACGACAAGGUAGGAAGGGCUUACACAGAGGAGUUAGUGGACCUUCAUCGCAGACUAAUGGCACUGAGAGAGCGUAAUGUACUACAGCAGAUCGUCAACCUCAUUGAAGAAACUGGCCACUUCAACGUCACCAACACCACCUUUGACUUUGACCUUUUCUCACUGGACGAGUCGACCGUCCGUAAACUGCAGAGUUACCUUGACCCCACCGCCACGUGACAGGAAGUGGGGCUUUAAUUUAGGGGCCAGGCUUGCCCUCGUUUGCCCUCGUUUGGUUCGAAGAUGGAGCUGGAGAACAAUGACAAUGACAACAAAUUAAUGAGGAUGAAGAGGCGAAUGGACGUAAUGAGCGAAAAAGGAACAGGAUCACGUGAACGUGUCGGGAUUGAAGAUGACGAGGCACAGAGAAAGAGAGGCAGGCGGGCGGGCGAGUGGAUUCACUGAGAUGCUCUGCUGCUGGAUUUGGAUUUUGAAGCCUGGAAGCAGCUAUAAGCCACUUUCCGUUUGAGUUGCGCUGUAGGCUGGUUCUGGGGGGCUGGUGGGGUCGAGGUUUGUUCUGCGAGCUUCUUCAGUAAAACUGAAGCAUGGAAUUGGGCGAGUGCCCACCCCUUCCCAUCCGUUUCAGUUUUCAGCCUUCGCAAAGCUAGCGUUAAAAAAAAAAAUCAACCCACCCACCCCCACUACGACUCCGAGGUAACCACGACUCCAGCGUAACCACCACAGCAUGCUGCUUCUCUGCUUAACGUUCAUCUUCUCACAUUGGUCUGUGCGGAUGUGCCUCUCUCGCUGGCUGUGAAAACCACUUGCUGAUACACUUGUGAAGGCCUGAGAGCUGCUGGUGUGCAGGCGUGUGUGUGUGUGUAUGCGUGUAUGCGUGUGUGUGUGUGUGUGUGUGUGUGUGUGUGUUUAAGUAUGUGUGCGUUUUUAUCUGUAGAUAUCUCCUGUCCUUUUGAGCUUCUUCCUCUUCCUCUUCUUCUGGCAUUGAAGCGUCCGGAUUCGCCUUGGAAGCGUCUCUAAAGUAGCCAUACUCACACAUGGGGUGGGGGUGGACUUGGGCUUGGGGGGAGGGGGCAGGGCGCCACCUUUUUGAUAUUUUAUUUUUGUACAGAUGUUUCUGAAGUAUUUUUGAUGGAGGGAAGCGUGUGAGAUAUGAAUGUAUUUGCUGUUUGUCGUCUAGGGCUAGCGCUUAGUGCCUUUACCAACCAGCCAACUGCCUGCGUUUGGAAGGAGUGUUUAAAAAGUGUCGUGGUGCCCCUCUGUGAUGCUAGCGAAGCACAAAAAAAUACAAAUCCCGCCCCUUUUCUCCAUGUGUGAUGCCUAGAAAGCUAGCGUUUCGUUCCGGGUGCGUUCUCUCCGAUCUGAAUCCGCGAGUCCCCCACUUUCACCGGUAUGUAUUAAUUACUGUGUUGCCAAAUAGGCCUUUUAGAAACCCUUGGGUAUUGUGCGUAGGUAGUGCAAUGUAUGCAAGUAUUUGGGGAUCAUCUAAUAUUUUUAGGUCCUUUGUGUUAUAUGAAGUCUGGAGGAGGCUAACCAGAGCGGGAAAGAAGUGGAGAGAGUGAGUCGGAGAUUCCUAAUAAUUCCUAAUAAAAAAGAUCGGCUCACGUAGGGGUGGGUGAUAUGGAAAAUACAUGAUUAUAUUUUAUCGUAUUGUGAUGAAUUUAAUUAUUGCAUUGUCAAUAUGCUUUUUUUGAGGAUAUAUUGAGGAUAUCGCAAGUGCUUAACGAACACUGACCCAACUAAACAUACUAUUAUAGAGAGUAUUAAAAAAGCGUGCUAUGCAUGAAAAAGUAUUUAAAUAUGUUUUAGGAAUAAGCCACAGUUGAUGCACUGUGUCUUAAAUAUUGCGAGUAUAUGUAAAAAAAAGUCACAAUAUUUAAAGAUAUUUUAUAUAUAUAUUGCAGUAUUGUAACGCAAGCAGACAAAAUGCUUCAGUAACAGUAACUGAUUAUUAAUUGCUGUUGUUCAGACACUUGACUUUUAUAUUCAAAUUAUGUUUGUCCAGUUAACAGCCCUAGUUUCUCUUUUUCAUCAAAUAUUCAAAUAUUCAGUGUAUUUUAAAGCAGCAGUCUCUAAAAAGUGUUAGCCGUAGUAUUCCUGAGUUGCGGGGGAUUAUUAUAAUAUAAUUAAAUAAUUAAAUAUUCUAGUUAAUAGAGAUUUGUUGGAUGUAAUUGCUCUGUACAUUUUACAGUAUUUCAUAAAUUAACAAAAUGAAUGAAACAACAUGCUAAAAACAACAGAAUUUCAUGCAGCAAUUUGUUUAGAAUAACAUAGCAUUUAAAAGUGCUCUUUAACAAGCUCUGUGUAAUUACACAUUCUCACCAGAGAGGUCUCUAAAUCCCCAAAUACUAAAAUCUUACGGACUGUCGCUUUAAGCACUGAUGAUAUCCAUGAUAUACUCAGAAACUUAUAUCAUGUAAUGCAACAACAAAAUUUAUCACAAAACGAUAAAAUAUUGCUCACUAUUUUGUCUUAUUGCCCACCCCUUGGCUCAUACCCCCUUUUGUUCCCCACAAAGCAGGAUUUCUCAAAUAGUCUGAAGAUUUGAGCCUAAAGUCAAAUCUAUCGGUUUCUGUAGUAUUAUACUUACACUUAUAUUUGGGCUUAUAUUUGAGCAGAUCACACGGUGGAGUUUUACAUUUUAUGUUUUAUUUUAUUUUAUUUUAUUUUUUUAAUGAAGCUAAUUCCAAACGAUAAACUGUUUUUAUUAUUAUUUGAGAUUAUUGCAGUUGUACAGUAUUGCUGCACAUUGCCAAUAAUAUUAAAUAUAUUUUUAAAAAAGCAUGUCACACUCUUAAAAAUAAAAGGUGCUACAUUGUUUUCUUUGAGCAAUGAAAUAAAAGAACCAUUUUAGAGAUUUAACAAAGAUUUUUAAAAAAAUCAGCUUAAGUGUUCUGUAUCAGUUUAACUCCUUAAACCCUAAGUAAGUAAGCCCACACUUCAGUGAACUACAUUCAUAUCAGAAAUUACUAAGGCCUUAAAAAAAGAGCCCUGUGAGACUCCACAAGUAUGGGCUAAUAACAGAAUACGACAUAUCUGUGGUUUAAGAUGGCCUAAAUGUUCUUUACACAGCUUCUGUUCAAAAACUGCUUCUUUUAUGGCACCUCUUGAAGAAACCUUUAUAGCACAAUUUUGUUUUAAGAGUGCAGUGAAGCUCCGCCUGAUUCAGAGAGGUUUAGGAUAGCCUGCAUUACACUACUGUACAACAGACUUAUAUCCCAAAGCUAUUUUCUAUUUUAGUUUGUUUUCUUUGUUUAAUCUGCAGUUUGUUAUUUUACAGGUCUGUUAUAUAAAUCAUACUGUAAGUCAUGUAUAUUUGUCAGGUUAGCGUUUAGUCUCUGGAUUUGAACACAAGGCUAUCAGGGUACUGGUUAUUUUUUUUUUAGCACUUCAUUCACAUUAUUCUUCACCUUUCUCAGUGAUUCAUCUUUCUGAUAGCUUCAGAUUCCCACUAAUCCUUUUAAAAUCGUGUUUUUAUUCUAAAACAAGCUACUUUUAUUUGAUUAAAACUGGGAUUCAAAAUGCUAUGGUGGUGGACCAGAUUGGAUUAGUCCUGUUGUUUUUUUUUUCCCCAUUUUCUCCCAAUUUAAAUGGCCAAUUACCCAACCCACUCAUUAGGACUCCCCCUAUCACUGGUAAUGUCCCAACACACCAGGAGGGUGAAGACUAACACAUGCUUCCUCCGAUACAUGUGAAGUCAGCCACCGCUUUCAAGCUGCUGUUGAUGCAGCAUCACAGCGCGCUCAGAGGAAAGCAAAGCGACUUGGAUGUGGGGAGAGAGCGCCAUCUACCCACCCGGAGGGAGCAGGUAGAUGGCAAAGCUGCAUGAGCGGGGGUUCGAACCUGCGACCUCCCGCUCAUAGUGGCAGCGCUUAAGACCGCUGGACCACUCGGCGCCUGUCCUGGUUUAGUCUUAAGCAAAACUGCAAUUGUGAUUCUUUGUUGGCAUUGCAAUUUAGUCAGAUUGGGUUAAAAUAAGAAGUAAAGGAUCAUUUUGCUGAAGGUUUAUUUGGGUCAGUUCUAUUAGCAUCCCUAGUCUUAAGCCAGAUCUGUGUUGUUUUUUUAUAAAUCAGUUCAAAACACCAAAAAUAUUUGGAUCAGUGAUUAGUCAAGUUGCUUACAAUGAAUUUGAUUAAAAUUAAUUAACUCCUUCUAUAUCAGUAUUGUGAAGGCAAACAUUGUUGAGGCUGUAAAAUCCUGCUUUGUGAAACACCGCACCCUCCAACCGAUUAGUUCACUGUGCUUAUGACUCUCUCAUUUUCUCCCAGAGCAAGAAAUCAGCCGCCUCCAGCCUCCAGCCUGCAGUAGAGCUUCUCUCAGAGCGAGUGCAUGGCUGGUGAUUGGCAUUCUGAUGCUAAUAGCUUUAAUAGACUUGCUGGCCUAACCUGCAGAUUUGGGUAUGGGGAGGGGAUUUCACAAAGCAGGACUUUCUCAAAUUAAUAUAAUUUAUAAGUUCUCAACUCUGUCAUAUAGGCUUGUUUUAUCGCACUGAGAAAGUCAUGCAUUGUGAAAGAGCCAGAGCCCGCCCUUCCCUUGAACCUGUACACCAAUCAGCCGUAACAUUAGCACCACCUGCCGAAACUUGAAAAAAUGUCCCCCUUGUGCCAUCACGAUAGAUCUGAGCGUUCAGCAUCUGUAGGUGUUCAGUGGUUCUCUCCUGCAUGAGGCUAAUGACUAAUAAUGUAAGCAGCAGAUCUAUGGAGCUUAAAAGCUGAUAUAAGUGUUUAAAUCAACAUUUUUUAUAUUCAAAUUAAAUUGACAUGACUUAUGAUGAGCUUGAAGGGGUGGUUUGGCAGACAGGGAUAUUAUUAUCGCUUUGUCUCAGACUACACAGCAUUUUUAUUGAAGAUCUACAAUUUAAAAGAUGCAUAGUCGACAGCUAGGCGUAAUCCCUGUCCCAGAUGUAUUUAAUGGCCAAAUUCAUAAAAAUAAAAAAAGGGUUUAAACUUACAGGGUGGUGAAACACUGUAAUAUAUAUCUUAAAAUCUAAAAUAACUUAAUUUUUAAAGCUAUCUAAGUGUUUCAAAGCUACAAGGCUUUAAUUUGUAGCAGAUUUAAAUGAAUGCAUCUGAUUUUUAUUUACCAUUUGUUAAAAUACAAAUGUACGGUAUGGUUUAUCCAAAUAAAUAUAUAUCAAAUAAAUUUAAUUCCAAUAUACAAAAUGCAGAUUCAAAUACAGUAUCUAUGACCCUGUCACUGCUUUUUUCUCUCCAGUUCAUUGGUCCACUGACCGCAAGGCCUGCGGGAUGUUUUGGAGAUGUUCUGACAGAAUUGUCUAGACAUUUGAUCAGUUUUGGUUCUUGUGUCUCAGAUCCUUUCACUUGACCAGUUUUCCUUUUAUUUCCUUUCACGAACUGACUGUUUACUUGCUGCCUAAUAUGUCCCACUCCUCUCAGAAAUCACAGUAGAUGAUGACAGGUGAUUGUGAUAAUCAGUUGGCAGUGGUGCUGAUGUUAUGGCUGAUUAGUGUACUGUAUAUGUAUAAGAAUGAGGGUAUGAAUAUGGGUGUGUGUGUGUUUAAGAGCAUCAUGCGUAUAAUGCAGAAUGCGUAUUUUCAGAAUAGAGCGAAAUCAGCUGGUUGUAAUUACGACCCGAAGAGUAUGUUUGUGUGUGUGUGUGUUUGUAGGCAUGCGAGAAUGCAAGGGUGAAUGCAAUUUUUAUUAUUAUUUUUUUUUGUUUGAGUCGUUGAGACGCGAGAGCUCUCCUCUGUCCUCGGUUUUGACCCUCAGCUCAGAGUUCAUGAACUCUAUCUAACAUUUGACCAGACGCUGGGAGGGGGUGGGCGGGAGUUCAUAGUGCUGGGUCACAGAGGCAAAAGGGGGGGAAGGGGGUGGGAAAUGAUGGACAGCUCUAUUAGAGAAGCCCCAAGUAACCCACCACCAGUCAGCAUUUUCUUAUGAAUUUCUUUUUGAAUUUGAAUUUUAUUUUAUUUUUUUUAUUUCUAUACCUCUGCACUUUUGGCUGUGGUGAAAAGUACUUAACUGUGUUUUUAAGAAUUUUAUACGAUAUUUACAUGCAAUAUGGUAUGAUUUAAUUUUUGUUUAAUGUUUUUUUUUUUCUCGGUUAAUGUUUUGUAUCGGCAUGUUUUUUGCGAUUGCGGACAAAAAAAAAAAGCCCGGUAUUUUCUUAGACUGUUAAAUUUUAGGCCAUUUUUUGUUUUCAUAGGUUUUGGCAAGAUUUUACCAUAAACUCGCAUCAAGACUGUGUCUGCGCCGGGAUGUAGUCGGGCCGAGUGGCGUUUUUUGCCGUAGUCUGCACUUCGUCUACGUCAUCCACUACAAGUAUCAAACAGGAAAAAAGCUCAGAUUUUCCUAGAGAACAAAUGUUUCUUUUUUUUUUCUUUUU